AUGCCGACCCUUGAUGUGAGCGAGCUCAACAUCGUAAUAGCAGUGCUUGGCGCUUUCACGAUCCUAUACGGUCUCGGAUCAGUGAAGAUCAAGCAAGUAUGGUACCUUGGCGAAGCGCUGCCAGCGUUGCUUGUAGGCAUCAUUCUUGGACCUAUAGCCGCAAAGUUCAUCAACUCGGAGCGAUGGGGCUCCGCCGUCCAAGAACAAACAGAACACAUCACGCUGGGUGUGACCCGCGUCGUUAUUGGCGUUCAGCUUGUCAUGGCGGGCUAUCAAUUGCCAGCCAAGUACCCCUGGCAUCGCUGGAAAGAUAUGGCUCUUCUCCUCAUCCCCGUGAUGACCAUCAUGUGGCUCUGUACGACUGGCUGCAUUAAGCUCAUGAUACCGAAAUUGACCACGCUCACUGCUAUGGUUAUUGCCUCGCUGGUCACAUCCACGGAUCCUGUGCUAUCACAAGCUAUCGCGAAGGGUCCUUUCGCCGACAAAUACGUUCCUCGAGCACUGCGAGAGAUCAUUUCCGCUGAGGCAGGCAGUAACGAUGGCUUCGGCUUCCCGUUCUUGCUGCUCGCCACAUACCUAAUUCGCCAUGCGCCAGAAGAGGACGUCACUUUCAAGCCUGGUGUCUCUCGCAUCGCAAGCAGAGCUGCAGAUGUUGGCCGUCUUGGCGGUGGCGCGGGGCAGGCAGUGGAAAUUUGGAUCGUGGAAGGAUGGCUGUACUUCAUCCUUCUCGGAGCGGUCGUCGGUGCCGUGCUCGGCAUUGCUAGCAUGUUCGCUGUAUCCUUCACACUGAAGCGCAAAUGGAUCGAUACUGAAUCACUCCUCCUCUAUCCCACGGCCCUUGGUCUGUUCACCAUCGGAAUCACCGGACUCGCCGGCCUAGACGAUCUGCUCGCAUGCUUCUGUGCUGGAGCAGCUAUGAACUGGAACGGCACAUACUUACGCGAGACUCUCGCUCGCCACGAUGAAGUCAACUCUUCUAUCGACGUACUCCUCAACUUCGGCGGCUUCAUGUACAUCGGCGCCAUCCUACCAUGGUCCGAGUUUAACUCCGAGGUCACGGGCAUCACAAUAGGUCGCUUACUUACCUUAGGCCUACUGGUCUUGCUCCUGCGUCGCAUUCCCGCGAUGAUGGUCAUGUACAAGGCGAUGCCGAACACGGUUAGGAGCUGGCAGGAAGCGCUGUUCAUGGGGUAUUUUGGCCCUAUUGGCAUCGGUGCUGUGUUCUAUGUCGAGCAUGCGCGGCAUCUGUUUCCGAAGCUUGAUGCCGCUGAGACCCACGAGGAAGAGGACUUGCUCCGGGCAAUGGGCCCGGUGGUUUAUUUCCUCGUGCUGUUCAGCAUUGUAGUACAUGGCUUGAGUAUCCCGGCCCUGGAGUUGAUAUAUAGAUGGAAGGGUGUCGAGCCGAUCGUUGAGCUUGAGCCGAGUAUGGAGCGUAGGAGGAGCGUGAGCGAAGCGUUGCCUCCAAACAGCCAUGUCGACCCGCGAACCCACAGUGUGGUCAGACAUAACCGCUUUUCGAGAGUCGUUAGCCGAGAUGAACUUGAUGAUCUGGAGGAUGGAUGGUCUAGGUCAAGGCCCGUGUCGGCCCAUGUAAGACCUGGGUCGAGGGCUGUGUCGAGAGGCAGACAGAUGCCCCAAACGCCUGUUUGGAGACUGACGGGUGAUAGUGAGGAUACGCUGAAGGAGGAGGAAGAGAAGGAGGGACCUAGGAUACAGUUUUUGGAUGAGAGGUCGGUGAACAAUGCCAGGUUAGGAGCGGGAGACAAGGAGGUCGGUGGCGCGAUCAAGGACUUGCGUCAGAAUUAG